UCCCAGCAUGCAGGGGAAGGCAGCGCUGCCCAGCAGCUUAGCAGAUGUUGACCAAAGGCGAACUUGUCUUUCCACAGUGUGUGGCUGUGACCUGGCACAAGGGGGCUUCUUCAUAAAGAACGGGGAGUAUCUCUGCACCCUGGACUACCAGAGGAUGUACGGGACACGCUGCCAUGGCUGUGGGGAGUUCGUGGAAGGAGAGGUGGUGACUGCCCUGGGCAAGACUUAUCAUCCCAACUGCUUUGCCUGCACCAUCUGCAAGCGCCCGUUUCCACCCGGAGACCGAGUCACGUUCAAUGGGAGAGACUGCCUUUGCCAACUGUGUUCACAGCCAAUGUCGUCCAGCCCUAAAGAAGCCGCCUGCUCCAGCAACUGUGCCGGCUGCGGAAGGGACAUCAAGAACGGGCAGGCCCUCCUGGCCCUGGACAAGCAGUGGCAUUUGGGAUGUUUCAAGUGCAAGUCCUGCGGAAAGGUCCUCACCGGGGAGUACAUCAGCAAGGACGGCGCCCCGUACUGUGAAAAGGACUACCAGGGGCUCUUCGGGGUGAAAUGCGAAGCCUGUCACCAGUUUAUCACAGGGAAAGUCCUGGAGGCAGGUGACAAACAUUACCACCCCAGCUGUGCACGAUGCAGCAGAUGCAAUCAGAUGUUCACAGAAGGAGAGGAAAUGUAUCUUCAAGGUUCCACCGUUUGGCAUCCCGACUGUAAGCAAUCUACCAAGACUGAGGAAAAGCUGCGGCUGUCAAACACGCAUCGUUCUUCAUCCGAUUUCUUUUAUCCCAAAAGUCUGGUUCGACGCACAGGACUGUCUCCGUCUCUGCAGGUUGGCGCUGUGUCUAGACUGAGGCUUCCAGCCGCUGUCCUGGCCCCAGGCUUCUGUCGCUUGUCCUCUCCGUGCUGCUUUUCCCACAUAACUUCUCUGGCUUCUGCAGAGGCAGAUGCUUUUUCUCACCCCACAGAGUGCAUCUCACGUUCUGAUUCUGGCUGUUUUCUGAGUAUUGUUUUCAUUUAGAGUACUGGCUAAAGCGUUACCAUCAUUCAAGUGAGCACAUUAGAAGCUCCCCUUUUGGUCCUGUAUUUACACAUUUGUUCGUUAAACAAAUAUUGCCAGGCACCCAGGUAUAGUGAGUGCUAGGCUGGAUGCUCUAGACCUAGACUAGCAGGGAAGACAGAUAAAUAAUAGAUAAAUAAUUUAUAAAAUGGUGUAGAAACAUAUCAUAGAUCUGGGAACAUCAGGUGAGAGAAAGGAUCUCAAGGGGCACUUCCUGGGGAAAGUGGACUUUGAGUUGAAUUGUGGAGGUUGGUUGAGAUGAGCACACGUGUAGAUGACAAGAAAGGGGUGGGGCUGGCGAGGAGCAGCACAGAGCCAGGGGAACCCAGUGCUUGGGGAGGGAGUAGUUCGGCUCAAGAAAGCAAUAGGGAAGUGAGAAAGGAAAUGAGAGGGACCAGGCACCUACUUUGCAGAGGCCAGGGAAUUUAAAUAUCCUGUCACGUGCUCUCCCUAAGAAUCCCUGUGAGGUAGCUGUCCUUGCUCCCAUUUUACAGGUGGAGAGACUGAGACCCAUCAGAGUUAAGUAAUUUCCCCAGAGUUAGCCCACCGGUAAGCGGAGGAGUGAAGAUUGGAAGCCAGGUCGCUGAGUUCGUAACUCGUGCUCUUUCCACUACACCACAGGGAAACUUAGGAAGACAGGAGGGGAGCACUGCAUACUGGCUAAGUCUGAUGUG